UCUGCUCCUCCUUCAUGAAGUGUAUAUAAACUGCCCCAGUGCAGAUAAGUGUAUACUCACUGCAGUUUAUAUCAAAACCAACACUGAUACUUUCUGAAGAUCACUGAUCUGAAGAGCAUGGAGAGAACAGCGCUCCUCUUCCUGAUCCUGAACCUUUGGACGACCGGUCUGGCUCUGGAGUGCAAAUUGGUUCCAGGCUUCCUGAAGCAGCUUGACGCUGGGAAUGGCCAGGUCUUCGGAGUCACCUCAUCAAAUACGGUCUUCACCCUCUACGGUGGCGCCUGGACGAUGAUUCGUGGAUCUCUGAAGCACGUCAGCGUAGGACCUGCUGGAGUCUGGGGGGUCGAUUCAAGCAACUUCAUCUACAGACUUCAGAACGGAGAGUGGGUUGUUGUUGGUGGCCUCCUGAAGCAGGUGGAUGCUGGGGGAUCGGUUUUCGCAGCAGGAGUCAACAUGUACGACGACAUCUUCUGCGGAGUCGGCUGGAAGACGCUCCCCGGAAAGCUGAAGUACUACAGCUGUGGACCGUACAGCUGCUGGGGGGUGAACUCUGCAGACCAGAUCUUUAUUAUGAAGGACGUAACUUCUUCUGCCUGUGGCGGCUCCCUGAACUGGGAGCAUAUUCCUGGAGCUCUUUCCAUGAUUGAAGUUUCCACUGAUGGAAAAGUCUACGGGGUCACUUCCAACGGAGAUGUGUUUACCAGGGACGGUGUUUCUCCGAGGGCCCCUGCCGGCACCGGGUGGCGCCAUAUCCCGAUCGGUCGGGCAAUUAAGCAUGUUUCCUAUGACCUCGGUCAUCUGUGGGCCAUCGCCAAAGAUGACCAAAUCCUUGAGUGCACUGAAUAAAUUCAGAGAUGCCUCCUCUACAGUCCUAAAGCUCAGAUCAGACCUGAUUACUAAAAACGCUUUAGAAUCACCUGUUUUAAUUUCCUUUCCAUCUUUGCAUUUAAUCCAAUAUUUCCACUAAAUCCAGGUUGAAAAGCAGGCCUACUAAAACGAAUGUUAAAUGAUUUUUUUUAUUAAAGUAUGCAUGAUCUUGGCAUAA